AAUUUAAUAAAAAAAAUCUCAACCGUCUCGAAGCUUCAUUAUUAACUAAAUUUGAAUCUGAACUUGAGUUCCGGAAAACCGCCUCCCUCCAAUCGUCGCCCCCAAACCCUAGGGUUUUGCCGCUGUUGUUUUUCUUACAUCAUUUCCUAAUAAUUUUCCCCCAAAUCUCUGAAUUGAAACUCUCAAUCAUAUAUAAAAGUGAUUUAUCUGUUUGAAUUUUUGUUAGCGUUUAUAGAUCUAGCAGCAGCGCAAAUGGAUUUUGGGCGCAAAAGGGGCCGACCAGACGCCGCUUUUUCUGGGAAUGGAGGCUCCAAGAAGUACAAGGAAGAAACGGACUCGUUUACAAGUGGUGUAGGAAGCAAAUCAAAGCCAUGCACGAAGUUUUUCAGCACAUCUGGGUGCUCAUUCGGCGAUGCAUGCCACUUCCUUCACUAUUUCCCGGGCUACAACGCGCAUUCGCAGCUGGCAAACAUGGGCGGAAACACUGCAGCUCCAGCUGGAAGAAACGGAGCUUUUACCGAUAACCCUUCUCCGAGCAUGAAAACGAGAAUCUGCAACAAGAUCAACACUGCAGAAGGGUGUAGAUACGGCGACAGUUGCCGCUUCGCCCACAGUGAGAUGGAGCUCGGCAGCAAGCCGCCACCUAUGCACGGCUACGAAGACCACCGAAUGAUGGGCCCACCAAGUGGUUUUCCCCAACGGCUUGAACCUGUGGCCAACUUUGGUGCAUCUGCAACAGCUAAAAUCAGUGUGGACGCCACUUUUGCCGGACCUAUAAUUGGGAAAAACGGGGUAAACUCGAAGCAGAUUUGCCGCCAAACGGGCGUUAAGCUUUCUAUAAAGGACCACGAGACAGAUCCAAACCAGAGGAAUAUUGAGCUUGAAGGAACCUUUGAUCAGAUUAAGGAAGCUAGUUCGAUGGUUCGCCAGCUCAUCAUGAAUAUAAGUGCAGCUGGCGGUCGAGGGGAGAAACCACCCAUGGGUUCGUUCGGCGGUCAUGGUGGUGGUGGUGGUGGGGGUGGUGGUGGGGGUGGUGGCCCACCAAGCCAUUAUAAGAAAAAAAUGUGCGAGAAGUUUCCAAAGGGGUUGUGCACGUUCGGUGAUAGGUGUAAUUUUGCUCAUUCUACCAGUGAGUUACGGUAGUUGUUGGGGUUUGUUUGUCAGAGUUACGAAACUUUUGUAGCGAAAAAAGAGAGGAAAAAAAUGAUGCUUUAGAUUAAAACAUAGACUUUUGACUGUAUGCUUCUUUGUCUUGUUUUUGUUCUCAUUAAUUUGUUGUUUGUUUAAAAAUAUUAACUUAUGGCAACUUUUCCUAGCUU